AUUUUUUUACGCAUCAUAUUAUUACCUUUUUAAAUUUUCCUUUUAAUGGGGCCCACAUGACAUUUUUUUUUAACUUUUCUUAUUCUUUCUCUCUCUCCUCUUUUCCCUCUUCUUCUUCCUUUCCAGAUCUGGGUUUGAUCAAACCCAAAUGUGGGUUCUUUCAACCCAGUAAGGACAAUGAUGCAACACCAUUUCCCAAGCCGAUUAGAGAAGCUAUUGAGAGAACAAUCGAUGGCAUGUCCACUCCAGUCAAGUACUUGAACAUCUUGGAGCUUUCACAGUAUCGAAGAGAUGGGCAUCCUUCUUUUUAUGCUAGGAAGCAGUCUUCUUGGUCGGAUUGCAGCCACUGGUGCUUAUCGAGAGUGCCUGAUACAUGGAAUAGGCUGUUGUAUGCAUCCAUCAUCCUAGGCAGCACCAUAAACAUUUCUUCUCCAUUAGAUGCUUCAUCCCCCUCUUGAAUUGUAAGAAGAAUGGGUGAUCCAUAAAGAUGGGUUGGCCCACUGACCAUAAAGAAGUGGAUGUUGAAACAGUUUUCGUUGGUCAAAACUGGAACUGUUGUUGUCGGUUUAGUUUGAACGGGAACAAUGCUAUCCAUGGUUGCAUUAUAGUGCUGUUGAAUCGAAUUUUGGAAGUCAAAAUCCAGAUCUGGACUGGGUUUUUCUAAGCUACCGACCUUGAUUUUCUCUUUUUAAGCUUUCCUUUUUUUGGGUUUUUAACUUGUUUUUGAAAUUGCAUUCCAUUUGAGAACCCAACUCAAAAGGAAAGGGAUUUUUCAUUUUUGUUUUUUGUUUUUGUUUCUGGUUUGAGAAAACUCAAAUCUGGAUUGAAAACCUAACAAAUUUGAUUUGGGAUU